AUGGAGAGAGAAAAUAGUGUCAACGGCCUGACGGACCUUGACAAGCUCAGCCAGGAACUUGGACGGCCGCUGGACGUGGAAGACUUGGAUGAUGAGCGGUGGUUGGCUGCCAGUGAACAGGGCAAGAUCAUCGAGCUCGGCAGUCUCGGUGAGGGUGCCGGUGGAGCUGUCACUCGAUGUCUGCUCAAGGGUGGAAAGACCGUUUUUGCUCUAAAGAUCAUCACAACCGACCCUAAUCCAGAUGUCAAGAAACAGAUUGUUCGAGAACUUAAUUUUAACAAGGGAUGUGCUUCAGACUACAUAUGCAGAUACUAUGGUGCGUUCGUCGACCGGUCAAGCAGCUCGAUAUCCAUCAUCAUGGAGCUAUGCGAAGGCGGCAGUCUGGACAGCAUAUACAGAGAAGUUAAGAAACUCGGUGGUCGAACCGGAGAGAAGGUGCUCGGAAAGGUUGCAGAGGGCGUCUUGAACGGCCUGACAUACCUCCACGGCCGAAAGAUCAUCCACAGAGAUAUAAAACCAUCAAACAUCCUCCUCUGCCGCAACGGCCAGGUCAAACUUUGUGACUUUGGUGUAAGCGGUGAAUUCGGAACUAAGGGCGAUGCAAACACUUUCAUUGGCACUUCCUACUACAUGGCCCCUGAGAGAAUCACCGGACAGUCUUACACCAUCACCUCCGACGUCUGGUCCCUCGGAGUUACACUGCUUGAAGUUGCACAGCACCGAUUCCCCUUCCCCGCCGACGGGACAGAGAUCCAGCCUAGAUCGGUCCUCAUUGACCUUCUCACCUACAUCAUCCAUCAGCCCAUUCCGAAACUCAAGGACGAGCCUCACAACGGCAUCCACUGGAGUGACAACUUUAAAUACUUCAUCGAGUGCUGCUUGGAGAAAGACCAUCCCCGACGAGCCACGCCCUGGCGAAUGCUAGAACACCCAUGGAUGCUUGAAAUAAAGAACAAGAAAGUGAAUAUGGCGCACUUUUUGAAGCAAGUAUGGGGCUGGAAUGAUUAG